AUGACUGCUGUGUUAAUCACAGGUGCGACGGAUCUUGGCCGUUACGCGGAAUCCGGCAUCUGCAUCCGCCCUGAAACUCAAAAGCUUUCUUCGAGCAUCAAGCUUGUUGAAGGUGACUUGGAUAACCCGGUCGGUAUCUUUCAGAAAGCACAGAGCCUCACUUCAGCCCGUAUCUGGGGAGUCUACAGUGUGCAGGCAGCCAUUGGCAAUGCCAAAGAAGAAUCACAAGGCAUAGCCCUUGUCGAUGAGGCGAUCAAACAGAAUGUCAAAUUCUUUGUGUAUAGCUCCGUGGACCGUGGUGGCGAGAACCGUUCGUUCAACAACCCAACCAAGAUUCCGCAUUUCAUCAAAAAACACAACAUUGAACACCAUCUCAUUGACAGGGCAAAACACAGUGGGAUGGACUGGACAAUCUUGAGGCCGACGGCGUUCUAUGAGAAUCUUACUCCGGACUUCUUUGGCAAGGUCUUCUCGACAUGUUUCAAGAUGUCCCUGAAAGGGAAGGCUCUUCAGCUUGUUGCUACUAGUGACAUCGGAUACUUUGGGGCUGAUGCUUUCCUCAAUCCCGAGCAGUACAAGGGCAAGGGAAUAUCCCUGGCGGGCGAUGAAUUGACCUUCGACGACAUGAAGCAGAUCUUUGCUCGGAAAACAGGGCAAGAUCUGCCUAUGACCUUCAGACCCAUUUGCUCCUUUUUCAUGCUAUCGGAAUUAGAGCUUUACGGUUUUGAAUAUGGAUAA